GCCGCUCGGGGCAGGGGGCGGAGCGGGGAUGAGGCGCACGAUGGCGGCGGCCGGGCCCGAGGAGGCGCUGCCCGCUCUGGCCCAGCAGCUGGGACUUGCCGCCCGAGCGGAGCGGCCCUCGGAGGCCUCGUCGGGCCCCGGCUGCCUGGAGACCGUGCGGCGGCUGACGGGCCUGUUCCGGGAGGCGCGGCCCAGAGAAAUGGCAGAAGAAAGUAUGUUCCAGAGUCUCCUAAAAAUCUUAACUAAAGCCUCGUGUGAAAUGGAAUUGGCCUGCAAGGAUUCCAUGGAACUGAUAACUCUAGACACAUGUCUGCUGCUUAUAGCAGAAUGUUUCAGAUGUCUACGGAAUGCCUGUGUUCGGUGUGCCAAGAAUCAAGAUGUUAUGAGGAAUUUGGGUCUGAUUGAAGUGUCUGUCCACUUGAUCCAGUUGCUUCAUGGAUUAGAAGUUGAACAGGAAUCGUUACUGGCUGCUUUACGUUGUAGCCUGCAGUUUCUUGGAAACCUUGCAGCAGGAAAUGGAGAUUCCCAAAAUAGCAUUUGGAAGUGCGCUUUCCCAAAUCUUUUCUUGAUUUGCCUCAAUCACCACGAUGAGAAAAUUAUUACCUAUUGCUGUAUGGUACUGUUCACGUGCCUUGAUUCAGAGAAAGUGAGAGAACUACUGGAGCAGAAGAACUUGAAUGUAGCUCUUGCUGUUGUAAACGUCUAUAGAAAGCAACUGGAGUCUGAAUGGUCGUUCUUGAUUGUUACAGACCGUUUGCUGAAGUGUCCAGAGCUGGUAAAAGCCAUGUAUGCCAAACUGAGCAAUCAAGAAAGGAUUACUUUGUUAGAACUGAUAAUGGCCAAAAUAAGUGAGAAAAAUUCAAUGAGCAGUGAGGAAAUGGCAGUGCUCGUGAACAAUGCUGAAUUUCUUGCAAGCCUUUUCCAGGAGAAAUGUCAUGAUGUGCUCAAAUUAACUUCCGCUGCAAAUACGGAAGAUGAGGAAGCAAUAGUUACAAUUCGGAUUCUUGAUGUUCUUUGUGAAAUGACAUCAAACAAUGAACAACUGGAACAUCUGCAAACUUUUCCUGGUUUGCUUGAGACUGCUGUGGAUACUUUGCGGCUAACUCACCUGGCUGGGAAACAGACUGCAAAUAUCUUCACUGCCUCACAUUCUAUGACAGGAGAGGGAGAAAUUUCACAUCCAGCUGUGGGUUUUAAAUCACACCUCAUUCGUUUGAUUGGAAAUUUGUGUUACAAGAAUAAGGAAAACCAAGACAAGGUUUAUCGAUUAGAUGGAAUUCCACUGAUCCUGGACAACUGCAGUAUUGAUGACAACAACCCUUUUGUGAAUCAGUGGGCCGUGUAUGCCAUCCGAAAUCUCACUGAGCAAAACGAAAGAAACCAAGAGGUUAUUGCACAGAUGGAGCAGCAGGGACUGGCAGAUAAUUCCAUCCUCAAGAAUAUGGGUUUGGAGAUUGAGAAACGAGAUGAGAACCUAAUAUUGAAAUCUGUUCGAAAGACUCCGACUUCAUGAGCAGUCCCAUGUAAACUUUUUGAAGAUUGUCACCAAGUAAAAAGAAGGAUAUUUCCCAAAUAAUACAGUAUGAAGGCCCUGUUUGGAUUUCCAUUUCUAUUUUUAAAUUUUUUUUUGCAGUUUGAGUUCCAAACUACUGGAAGUGUUAUGACCCUUUCCAGAGAAAUUGUCAAACAGUGAUCAUUCACCACUGUGACACAUGAACACCACAAAUGCAAAAACCUUUUCAAACUGGAGAUUGGCAGUAAUUUCAUUAAUUCUUUGUUUUGCUAGUGAAAAAGUGUCAUGAAGCCAGGAAACUGAUUAAUAGUUACUUAUCUCAUUUGUUAUACCUGAAGAUAAUGAUGGUUAAAAAAAUCACUGUGAGAUACCACUUCUGUGAUGUGUUAAAAGCAGCAGCGCUGAAUCAGUUCUAACUAGCUAGUUAGUAAAUGUUGGUACUUCAAAAAAUAAAUCAGAAUGUUUAAAUAUUGUAUUUACAUAAUACAAUGCCAGAGAUUGGAUGUAUAUAAAUACUUCCUGAAUUAAACACAUACAAUACUGCCUUCUGUGUAUUUAAAUUAUUCGUAAGUUAUCUUUUCUACCUUGUUAUUUUCAGCCUUUUUAUGCUGAGUGUGUUUAAAAACAAAGUUGAAGCUGUUGUGGCAACAGAUGCUGCAUUCCUCUGCUCUGGGACAUGUCUAUAUUUUGGAGACUUGGAUGUUUAUUUGAAUUUUAUUUGUUCCUUUGGUUGGUAACUCAGCCCACUCUCCUUUUAUUUUGCACUUCUCAUGGGUUUUCUGAACUCUGGCAGACGGCUGAAGAGGUAGUUUCUCACUGUGAUUAAUUCUAGCAGUUUCUUUUCACCCCUCUGCCUUUCCAAAACAUUGACAAAACUCAUUUCCAGUUAAUUAAUUCAAGAGAGGCAGAAGAAUGGAAAGCCCUGCCUCUUCAUUUUAGGUACCCUCCUAUAUUGUUGUUGGACCCAGCCACCGUGGAAUGUGGCAUGAAUGAGAUGAGUGGAAGAAAAAGUGCAUGAUUAACUCUUCUUGUUCUGAACUGUUGCUUUAGAAAUUAAGGAACAUGGCUGUUGAUGCAUUAAGCAGAACAAAAGUUAUUAUCUAAUGGUAAUUUUGUUAAGUCUGUAUAUACUACUGCUAUGAAUGAAUUCUGUUCUGUCCCACAAAAGGAUCUUAUUAAAUUAAAUUGCUCAUGUUCAACUA